CACUCGCUCGUCCCGCUGCUGCGUUGCGGGGCCACACUGUGACCGCACCGACGAGGAAGAGGAGGAAGAGGACAGCCGGGGGGGGCAGCUGGAGCACACGAGGCGCUUUCAAGAUUACAGGAGGGGGGCAACCGAUCCGUCGAAGAAGACGAAGAGGCACGUCGCGUUCUUCCCCCGUCAAUCCCGCUCUUCAUCGGCCCGACAUCCUCUUUGGGAAUUUUCUGCUCGAUAAAACGACGACAGAGGCGUCGGAAGCCCCCCCCCCCCGCCCCCGUCGAGAGCAGGUCUACUCUUCAUCUUAGAGCCCCCACCCCUCCCGGACAGAAGAGCCUACUCCUCAUCGUCAAGCAGCCAUGAAGGAUCGCACGGCGGAACUGCGGAGUGCCAAGGACAGCGAUGACGACGAGGAGGUGGUGCAGGUGGACCGAGACCACUUCAUGGAUGAGUUCUUUGAGCAGGUGGAGGAGAUUCGAGGAUGCAUAGAGAAGCUGUCUGAAGAUGUGGAGCAGGUGAAGAAGCAGCACAGCGCCAUCUUGGCUGCGCCCAACCCUGACGAAAAGACCAAACAGGAGUUGGAGGAUCUCACAGCUGACAUCAAGAAGACAGCCAAUAAAGUUCGUUCAAAAUUAAAAGCAAUCGAGCAGAGCAUCGAGCAGGAAGAAGGCCUCAACAGAUCUUCGGCAGACCUCAGGAUCCGCAAGACGCAGCACUCCACGCUGUCCCGCAAGUUUGUGGAGGUGAUGACCGAGUACAACACCACGCAGUCCAAAUACCGCGACCGCUGCAAGGACCGCAUCCAGAGGCAGCUGGAGAUCACUGGAAGAACCACCACCAACGAGGAGCUGGAGGACAUGUUGGAGAGUGGCAAGCUGGCCAUCUUCACCGAUGAUAUUAAGAUGGACUCCCAGAUGACCAAACAGGCUCUUAACGAGAUCGAGACUCGACACACUGAGAUCAUCAAGUUGGAGAACAGCAUCCGCGAGUUGCAUGACAUGUUCGUGGACAUGGCGAUGCUGGUGGAGAGUCAGGGCGAGAUGAUCGACAGAAUUGAGUACAAUGUGGAACACUCGGUGGACUACGUGGAGCGAGCCGUGUCUGACACCAAGAAGGCCGUCAAGUACCAGAGCCAAGCCCGCAAGAAAAAGAUCAUGAUCAUCAUCUGCUGCGUCAUCCUGGGCGUCGUUUUGGCAUCAACUAUCGGCGGGACACUGGGCUUCUGAGCUUCCUGUCGCCAUGACGACGCCAGCUGGAGAAGGAAAAAGCCCAAAAACUUGAACCACAAAUGCAAGAAGAUAACCAAUCAGCAAACGGGACAUUCUUGGGGUGGGCCGAGGUCCAACAUUCCCACCAAAUCAAACACACAAUCAACGCACCACCGUGUAAAUGGACGGUUCCGGUAAACGUAUCGAUGUAAACAUAGCAAGCUACGCACGCGCCGGCUACAUGUUUUUCUUUCUGUCUUCUCAACCUAUGCUUUCGUUUUUCGGGAGGACGGUGAUGGCGAGUGCCGCGAGGCGGGGCUUCUGCGGGACGAGCACUCUGGCAGCCUUAUUGCUAGCUAGAAUGCCCACCUAGUUCGAGAUGGAAUGUCCCGGAAUAGCGUAAGCAUGUAUGGAAUGCCGUCCCGCAGAAUGACCCCCCAUCCCCAACUUUGCUCUGAAAUCACCCCUUAUUGGUCUCUCCCGUCAGUCAGCGUUCAAAGUGGCCCCCCACUGGGGGAGGGGGACAUGGGGGUGCUGGGAGGGUGUCUGGAGCGUUAUCUUUGACCGCCAGGUGAUGCGAGGGCUAGAGGGGUGGAGUCAGGGGGGUGGGAACUCAUUGGAGAGUCAAUCUAUGCAGUUUAGACACAAGCGCGACGCGUCCCGCCCCUUGACCACAGACACCACGCCCCCCCCCCCAACCGAAUGCUGCGGCCAAAUUUGCUUUUCAUGGGGAACGUUUGCGGACUCGUUAUUGCGUGGUGCUGCUGUUCUUGUGCAUGUGUUCUAUGACUUCCUGUUGAGUUCGCCUGAGCCGUCCUCGUCGCCAUCUGGCCGAGUGUGUUUGUGGUCGUCAUGGUGCUACCAACCGGGAGAGGCUACCCCUCCUCCUGGAGUCAUGUGAUGCACACACACAAUACUCGUGUCACAUGCCCCCUGCCCGCUUAGCUUUAGCUUAGCUUUUGUUGAGUGGUGUCAGUGUUGAGACUGAGACUAAAGAUGCUUGGAGCAGGAAGCCAACCCCCAACCCCCCCCCCCCCCAUCCAUGUGCAUGUUGUAAACAUUGUGUGUUAGCUAGCGAGCACACCUUUUGCUUUGUUGCCGUUAGCAAAACGGGCGUUGAGUUGAUGUAGGUGUGUUGUCUCAGUUCUGUGAUACAAAGGCCCGCCCGCCUCCGCUGAGGCCGCCGUUACCACUGCCGCACUCCCUGUGAGGCAAACAAACGGCACUAACAUCACAAACCGCACUCGGCGUUCAAGCAAUAACUGUCAGUGUUGUUGUCUGACAAGUGACUGGAAGCUAGUGCUAUGUUAGCGUUGGCGUAGCGAGUCACGCUAACAUCUGGCAUGGCGGCUCGGACGCCAACAGGAAGUGGGAUCGGCUUUGUUGAAGUAGUGCGUGUUGUGUAGUCGCUGUUAGCUGUAGAUGUCGUGUUGUGGCUUUGUGACAAACAAAAGCGUAGCGUGACGUGACAAAAAGAGAGUUUCUAUUUUAUUUUUCAUUCCCAAAACCAAAAGCAACAUGUUUGUUCACCAAAGUUUGCGCCUCUGCUCUGUGUUGUGUUGAAAUGAAACGUACGCUUGUCCCCGCCUCCUCGCUCGCCGCCAGUCCGCCAAUCAAGAGCUCCUCUCCAGACCGCUCAGCGGUCAUCAAGAUGACGUCAGUGUCGUCACGGCGAGGACGUCGUCGUAGCACCAGCCAGCGUCUUUGAUAUGUGUGUGUGUGUAGGUGUGUGUGUAGGUGUGUGUGCGCGCGCCAUCAUCGUCCCCUCGACAAACGCAAACAUGGCGGCAUGAAGGUUCCUGUCUUUCUGUGUUGACGUUUGUUUUUGGAAAGAUGGCGGUGUGGAUCAAUGCCCCCGUAUAAAAGCUCUUAUUCAAGUCCAAAUAUUAUCAAUCAUUUUAAAGGCAUGCAAAGCGUUGUGGAGUUUGCAUGGUGAUGUUUUUCGUGUCCUGACCUGCCGCCAUGUUGUGCACUUUACUGGUCAUUAGCUCCGCCUUUGUUAGCACGUUAGCUCGCUUCCUGCUUCUUUUCACACAACGGCUCCGCACCCCCGCCCCACCCGACCCCCGCCCCCCAGGGAAUGUGUUGGUCGAGCGAAGGAACGUUCAAGAGCACAACAACACAAGUCGCUUUUCACGUUGGCCACGCAAACCAAAGCAAAGCUCACCGAGUCACCGGAGACGACCGCUCCAAAGACCCGCCCGCCGUCAGCCGUUAGCAUGCGGUCCUCCAUGUUUGUAGUCCGACGAUGAAGCUCUUUGUCUUCCUGAAACAAUUUCCAAAACUCCUCCUCGUUGCCGUGACAACGUUGGGGCGUCAGUAUUAAUGGGAGGAGUCUGGGGAGAGGACACGUGGCCAACAGGAAAGACUUGGUUGUUGUCAACAUAAACAAUAAUGUAAUUAUUGUAAAUAAGAGACAAAAGAAGACCUGCAUGUUUACGUAGAAUUCUCUUCCUGACAAAGUUGCUGGCAUCUCGGACGUCUGCGUCCUCUUCAGUCCCCGAAAGUAACGCAGAAGCAGAGGCUCCGCCCACUGGCUCCUCUGAUCGAAGUGCUUCCCGCCAUUUUAGUCAAGGCCCCCCUUUCAUUGGUGCAGCCAUCCAUUGGCUUCUGUUUGGCCCGCCCCUUCCACCUCCCACAGGCCGACCUUUAAUAAGUGUGCAAUACAGGAGACGCCACCAGGGGGAGGCGGCCAUGACCACCGGACCGACAGUCGUCCGGUCCGCCCAACUUUGGCAGGAAAUGCAACUUGUGUCCUGUUUCUUUUCGUGUGUAUGUGUGUGUAGUGUAACGUAAAAGCGAUCUGUCCCCCCCACACUUAAGACACGCCCCGAGAUUCGCAACAGCCCCCCCCCCUUCUCUCGUUCUGCUGUUGGCUGUUCUGUUUAGUUCACGUGACGUGCCAGUACACCCCCCCCCGAACUCUCGCUCUUUGCCCCCCCAUGGAUCUUUAAGAUGACAACUCUAUGCAGAUGCUGUCUUUUCUAAGUGUGUCCAACAUUUUAAUUUCAAAUAAAAAAUAAACAAAUAUCGAAACAUGAAUAAAUAAAGGAUUGUUCAGUGUU